AUGGAGUCAGUACCAAUAGUUACGAAACUUGGGCUGCAUUUAAAGAAUUGUGAUGCUGUCUGGAUUGUGUCCGACAUCACCAGAGCUGCUGAUGAUAAGACUGCUAAAAACAUAUUGAAUAAAAGCCUACGUACUCAGCUUUAUAUGGAUGGUCAGUAUGGAAGGAUUGCUUUUAUCUGCACAAAGACAGAUAACUACAGUGUUAAAGAAAUCUGCAGGAGAUUGCAAUUACAAGAGAAUAUUAGUCACCUGGAAAAGAAGAAAGGUGAACUGGAAAAGCAAAUUAAUCAGAUUUUGAAAAAGUCGAAGCAGCCUCACAGUCAGCAUAAGUUGCAGAUAAAUGAUCUUCAAAAUAAAAUAGCAGCGACACAGCAGGCUAUUGCACUUCUAUGUGUAAAGGCUCGCAAUAAAUUUUCAAAACAGGAGAUUCAUCAGAAAUUCAAAAGUGGAUUACAAGAAAUGCAAAAAGUUCUAAAUAAAGCUGACAAAGGUGUUGACAGUCGUGAUGAUGACAAUGAUGAAGAUGACAUGUCUAUUGCAUCAGAAGAUAGAUUUCCAGUUGCCAGUUCUGAAAAAUAUAGAAAGUUGCAUAUAUUUUCAGUCAGUGCUGUGGAAUAUUUAAAACUACUGGGAAAACUGAAGAUUGAAGGGAAACCUCAGGUGUUCAGCUGUCUGAAAGAUACAGUUUUAAGAAAUGUAUGCACUACAGUGUACAAAAAGAAGAAAAUUCCGAUCAAAAGAGCAUGA